AGUGCUGGCAGGGAAUAUUGGAACACAGCCAGUAUAUAGAACGUGAUUAGUUCAAUGUUGAUUCUAACCGGCUGUGAUCAAAGUACAGGAAUAUAAUGCGAAUAUUAAUUAUUAUUAAGAAUGAACGUAGAAAACAAGCAAACACGCAAACAUGCUGUAAAUUUUUCAGAAGCAGAAAAAGUUAUUUUGAUAGAUUUGGUGUUCAGAUAUAAAAAUAUAAUAGAGAACAAGAGAUCCGAUGGUAUAACCUCCAAAGACAAAGAUCAAACUUGGAAAAUAAUAGAACAAUUAUUUAAUAGCAUGUGUUCAAUUGAAUUUCGAAGUUCAGAAGUCUUAAAAAGUUGUUGGGAUAAUUUAAAGCAAAAAACAAGGAAGUUUUUUGCAGAUGAAAUGAUGCAGCUUUAUAAAACAGAUACAAUAAUGGACCGUGUACGAGAAAUUAUAAAACCUUCAGUCGAUGGCUUAACAAAUACUUUUGAUAGUGAUGCUAUAACAGAUACAAGUGAAAAUGUAUAUAAAAUUCCUGAAGUUUUAAAUAUAAGUAGACAUAAUUCCACAAUCCAACAUAAAAGUUCAUAUAAAGUUGUAGUAGCUUCAAAUGCAGAUUCCCAUAUAAUGACAAGAAAUAUUAUGACCACAAAUAAAUGGCCUAAUGAAAAUAACAUAACUAUAACGAAUGAAAAUGAUACAAAUGAUGCAAAAAUAAUACAAAACAAAAAGAAUGUAACUAAUAAUGGUAACAGAAAUAUAAUGUAUGCAAAUAAUAUAUAUGAAGAUGAUACUUAUAAAGAUAAUACAUAUGAAGAUAAUACAUAUGAAGAUAAUAUUUAUAAAGAUUCACAGCAGAAUGAUGUAUUAAGUGUAAGUAUUAAAACCGAUUAA